AUGCCUCGUCAAGUGUGUUGUGUCGAUUGGCGCAACGCUGGUACUAAAUCACCACAAAAUGUAGAACCGUCGAUCUCGGAGGGCUGCCGCUUCCCCAUCAACCAGUUGCUCGCAGAUCCGUUGCAGAUCUUCCUGUGUCUGCAUGACAGGGGCUCGUCUUUCCUCACGGUGAAGAGAGGAAAAUUGGCCACUGCUUUCACCCAGUCAACCCCGUUUUCCGAUUCGUCCUCAACGGGCCGAAUAUGUACUGUAGGAAGCGAAGGACAGCUGAAAACGCUGAAAACGGGUAGCGGUCUAAGAUGCGCCAAGAGCGUCAGUCGCUGGCUGCCGCUGCACCCUGUAGCUCCAUACGAUCUCGACGGGGCUCAUGGGGCUAUGGGUCCGGGACUGCCACGCAUCAUUCCCGCGGACGUUGGAGCUGGACCCGCCAAGAACAAGGAUGACGAUGGUGUACAGUAG